UUAUAGCGCACGCCCAAGCGUCCGACUCCAUUCCCCAAUCCUAGACUCCAAAUGGUAAGGUCCAAACCCUUCCCAAGAAGAUCAAAGGAGCUUCACGCAAAGGAACAUCUUCUCCUGAGAAAAUGCCCACGACGCAGAAAACGCUGAUGUUCUUGGGCAGCUUUGUCACCAGCCUGGGGGCGGUUGUGGUGAUCUGCUCAAUCCUGGCCACCCAGGCAUGGAUCACCAGCACCAUUGCCUUCUCCGACUCCAUCUCCAACGGGAGCCUGACCGUCACCUACGGGCUCUUUCGUGGCAAGAGUGUUCAAGAACUGGAUCAUGGGCUUAAAGAACUAGACAAAAACUUUGACGUUUUAGGGGUACUGAGCGACUCUUCACCCAAAACCCUGCACUCGGUGACCAUCUUGUUCCUCAUCCUCAGUCUGGCGACAUCACUGCUCAGCUCGCUGUUCACCCUCUACAACAGCGUCAGCAACCCCUACCAGACGUUCCUGGGCCCCGUGGGGGUGUACACCUGGAACGGCCUCAGUGCAUCCUUCGUUUUCCUGACCAUGAUCCUGUUUGUGGGGAACACAGACGCCAAUCAUCUUUCUGAGGAAUUGUCCCAGCGGCUUUAUCCAGCCAUGAUACUUGGUGGGACCGCCCACACAUAUGGAUAUUCAUUUUGGCUCAUAUUCCUUGUCAUGCUUCUAAAUAUAGUCACCGUGGUCAUCAUUGUAUUUUACCAGAAGGCUCGAUACAAGCAGAAGCAAGAGCAGAGGAAGCCAAUGGAAUAUGCUCCCAGGGAUGGCAUUUUAUUCUAAUCCUACCUCCUGCCACUCUGCCGAGGAUCUGUUCUGCUCCAGGAGCAGACGCCAGUUCACAUCUUUGGACAAUCAGUGUGGGAAAAUGACUGUCAUUUGUAAUAGUUGGGUUUUGUUCUUUAAUGUUGUGGUAUGUGCUCUUCCUAGAUGUUCUUUGUACCUGUCUUCACAGAUGACCCCUUGGAGAGGGAAUCCCACGGGGGGGGGGGGAGGUGAAUGGGAAGGUCGCCAGGCUAGGCAGUGUUCCAAGAGGGACUCAUUAGGGGCCCGUGGACCAUUCUGAACUCUCCCUAGCUAAAAUAAAAAGGGGUUGUGUUCUUCCCCCUUCCUUUGACUAGCUCCAAGUGCUCCUCCCUGUGAUCCUAUUGUCCUCCGGAGUGACCAGCCAUCUUUAUUCUACUCAGUGAACAGGCCGCUGGGAACAGAGGGAUUCAGAACUUGUCUUCACAGGCCGGCGAUUGGAGCAAAACGUAACAACACAGGAGGAACUCACCUGCCUCUCUGGGUUCUCAGUCACUGUCGUGUAACUCAAAACCGGUAGCAGCUCAAAGAGUUGAGAGGUGGCCCUCAAAUCUAUUUUUAUGGUCCCAAGUGUGUCUUUUGGAAGGAAGAGGUUAGAAGUGAGAGGACUGGGGAACAAUACAAAUUACAGCUCCAUGGGCUCUCUAUUAAAGAGCACGCUACUACACUUUUGGUUUAAGUGGAUUCCGAUGAAUUCAGUCAAAAUGGAAAUAGAACAUUUCAGCACAGUGUAGCAAACACCCACCCACCAGCCCUCAGCUUAGUUACUGCAGUGUAGCUGAAAGGGCAGUAGCCGGGAGGGAGCAUGGAACCUGUCAGCAGAUUCCAGCCUGGCCGGAGGCCAAGGAAGAAAUGGCUCUGAUCAUCGUGGCUUGCUGACAUUCAUCACCCGAGUGAGAGCCGGGCACACGUGAACUUGGGCAUUGGGAAGUUCUCCAAGAACAGGUUGGAUGGAACAGAUUCACAGUUUUUUCUGAGAAGGCGGCUAGACAACCAGGAACGUAGGG